AUGAAUUUUUUAAUUUAUGUCCUAUUUUUGUCCAUUUGGACAAUUAAUUGUUUAAAUACAAGCCAAAGUGAUGGAUCUUCUAACACAGGAGCUAAGCAGCUUGAAUCAAUGGAAACAAAAAUGGACAAUUUUAGGAAACAUCUACUCAUUAUCAUAAUUGGUGUUAUGGUCGUAGCCUUUGUCUUUACCUGUUUUUGUUUUCUCCAUUACAACUGCAUGAAUGAAGAUGCCCACAAAGCUGGAAUAAAAGUCAUCCAUACCGUCCAGUGCAGAAAAGUUAAUCAGGCCUUUGAGUGCAAAAAAGCGCAGACCACACAGUCAUCUCACUUGGAAAAGUCAUGUAAGACAUAUAGCCUAGAAAAGUCAUAUAAGCUAGCCCAUGCCCACAAGAUAGUCAGUCAAGUCCAUGCAUCCUAUCCAGAUAAACCAGUCAGGCUACCUUGGCCAGUUAGUCUACAGUCUUCAGCCAGACCAGCCAAGUCACGCUUUCUGCCUCAUCCACACAACCACAUCUUGUUAUCCAAGUCAUCGAGUCUAAGAAAACUGGUCAAGUCACCCAGACGUCGUCAUCUUAAAAGGUCAAUAAGUAUAGGAAAGGCAGUCAUGCUCUCUAAGCCUGUGUUAGCCAAGAAUUGUCAAUAUUACAAGGAAAAAUGCCUUGUUUGCAAAACUACUUCUGAGACUUUGGUCCAUAUUUCUGAGGCAAAGAAGGAAAAUUCUGGAAAUCUUUUCAGUUCAAGUAAUAUGAAGACUUUUCCCAGGUCCUUUCAGAAGGUAGAUUCCAAGGAUGAUGUAUACUAUGAUAAUGUGAGUGACAGUGAUAUGAUGACUUAUGAUAGUGAUGACAGUGAGACGGAGAUAAUCAUUAUUUGCAACAUAAGGAGCAAUAAUAUCAUCCCUUAUGGCACUUCAAAAAAAUAA